CAUCACGGGCCAAUAGGCCGUCUAACAGACUAUAAGCCCAAUCCGAGCCCAUUACUAAUCCUAAUUGGGCCUUAACGGCUGCUCGUGGUAAUUUGCAUCUUUCUACAAGAAUUUCCCCAAAUCGCAACCAAUGAAGCUAAAAAAAAAUUAGAGCGCGAUGCAUUCUGUGGAGGAGGAGAAGGUGUUGGAAACCCUAGCCUCGCGGGGAUGGCGAUUCCGAGACCUCGACGAGAUCCGAGCUCUCAUUCGCACCCACGAGUCCCCUUCUUCGUCGUCGUCGCCGUCGCCGUCGCCGUCCUCCUCGUCCUCAUCCAUGGCGAUGGAUUCGAUCGAAUCGGAGCUCUUGAACAUGGAUUUGAGGUCCUUCGGAGGGAAAUCGCUCCCUGACCCUUCCCCUCUCAAAAAAUCGAGCCAUAUCCAAGGCCCUUUGAUUUUACAGGUAGUUUCUGUGAGGGAUAUAUACCAAAGCAGUAUUGAUGCUUCAUUCAGAGACUCAAAUCGUCAGCGUCGCCUUCUUCGAUUCCGUCUCACCGACGGGCAUGCGGAAGUAACUGCAAUAGAGUAUGCUCCCAUUCCAUCUAUCACCGAAGAGAUAAUUCCCGGCACUAAGGUCCGUUUGGAGAAAAAGAUUCCAAUACACAGCGGCAUAUUGCUUUUAAAUCCUAAAGUUGUGACUGUAUUGGGAGGCCUUGUCCAAUUUCUCUACGAAGAAUGGCAGAUGAGUCAAAAGUAUUCAGUCUUCUCACGCUUGUCCCAGAGGCUAUCUAACAAUGACGAUGGUGUUGGUCCACCUCCAUUUGAGAAGUUACAGAUUGACGCGCAUCCAUACAAUGCUUCUCAACAACAGCGGAUUCGUGAUUCUGAUGUUAGAAAGGUGGAAAGAAGUCAGGGCUAUCAGCUGGUUGGCGAGAGUCGGAAUUCAAACAAGAGCAAAGAAGAGAAGGCAGCAGGUGACCUUAAAACAGAUUCUAUGAUGAAUAAGGUCGACGAUAAACAUGCAGAGGCUAGACCAAAAGAAGUUAGUGAAGCUGUUCCUGUUCAAAACCAAGCUGCUGCGAGAAAGCUUCUACAGAAAAUGAACCAGACUACCCAUGAGGACAAGUCCUAUAGGGGUCACAGGAAUACAGGCAAAGGCAGGCAAGAAGAAACUCAGGUUUUCACUCUGGAAGAAUGGGAAAAGAGGAAAGGCUUCGACUUGAAGCCCUUGGCAUCUGGCAACAUCCAAGAUGUUAGCCGCGAUGAAGAGCUCGCUAGACAGUUGCAGAAGCAAUUGGAUUUAGAAGAUUUUCAUGGAGAGGCGGAGAAUUCAGAGGCGGAGCACAUAAGGAUGAGCAUGUUCAGCUUUGGCGGAGCCAAAGAAGAGAGGGCGGACGAAAGAAGAGAUUUCAGAGGAAGGGGAAGAGGAAGAGGAAGGGGGAGGGGAAGGGCCAGAAAAAGAUUCUGAUCGCUGUAUACACACUUAAUCUGUAGUGCGUAGAGGUGUAACAAAUGCUGUGUUAGAGUAGAAUCCCCGUUGAGUUGCAGCGAGCUAACUAUAUGUUGGCAUGUCUGCUACCUGUCAUUUUCUGGGCUUGCCAAAACGUUGAGCUUCUAAAUGAUAUCUGCUGCUGAAUUUUUUUGUAUUCUACAUUUUACUACUAUUUAUUUAAUCAACAUAAUUGAGAUGUGCUA